GGUUGCUUUUGGUGUGAACAAUGCCUUCGGGCUGUCUUAGGAUCAGGAAGCCUGCCCCACAAACAAAAGGGACAAACAGGUGUUACAAAAUGUUCUUUUUCAAGUUUUCAACGUUCCGGCGAGUUCUUCGGGGCUAUCGAAUGAUACACAAAACACGACCCAAGAGAUAACAAACAUCCCUUAGGACAGCUAUGAAAAACAAAUUAAUAAAUACUACAUGAAAAAACAAACAAAUUGAUGUCAGUACAGACUGUAAUUAAACCAACUGGUUUAUAGUUUAAUUCUACUUGACCACCCUGAUCCA